AUGACCACCACCCUCCUCCCAAACACUCUCUACAUAUGCCUGUUCCUCCGCUCCGACCCUCCUCUCCCCGACGACUUCCAUUGGGCCCUCUACCACCACAGCACAAACAGCGGAACGAAAUACCACAUCACCAACGAAGGCCGCGGCUGGAUUGCCGGACACAGUUGCGAAUCUCCAUCGAGCAUCCUCAAAUCCUUCCUUCUAGUUGGCCUUAUCCGCGUCGCAGGCCUGAACAACACCAACACCAACACAGAUGACUUGAAUCGUAAAAUUGACAGCACCCUCCGUAGCCACGACGACAAACUCAACGACAAAGAUGGCGUUACAUGCCGUAUCUGGCUUUUUGAGAUGCUAAGCAUUUUGUACUCGGAGGGCCUACUUACGGACGUUAAAUGUGGAGGGGAUAUGAAGAUGUUGGAAAGGGUGGUGAAACAGUGGGGGAAUGGGUUUGCCGAGGGGGGUGCGAGGAAUGUACAGCCCAGGCCUGUGGAAAUUUAG